CACCGCCCAGCUUCCCGGUGUGGCCGGCUGCCGGGUCCGCCCCCGAGGACGUGGAGCGCCGCGGCGGCCGGUGAGGGACCCUCGGCCUGUGCCACGCAGAGCCCGAGUGUGUCAAGCUUGUCAAAGAUGAAAGUGACCUUAUCAGCUUUGGAUACCCCUGAGAGUUCCUUUACACCUUUGGUAGUCAUAGAACUUGCUCAGGAUGUCAAAGAAGAAACCAAAGAAUGGCUGAAAAACAGAAUUAUUGCUAAAAAGAAAGAUGGAGGUGCUCAGUUGUUGUUCAGGCCAUUGCUAAAUAAGUUUGAGAAAGAAACACUAGAAAACCAGAACCUGUACCUUGUUGGUGCCUCCAAGAUUCGGUUGUUGCUGGGGGCCGAAGCCGUGGGGCUGGUGAAAGAGUGCAAUGAUGAUGCCAUGAGAGCCUUCACGUAUGGAACGCGACACAACUUCAAAGGUUUUGAUGAUAACAAUGAUGAUUUCCUCACAAUGGCAGAAUGCCAGUUCAUCAUCAAGCAUGAACUUGAAAAUCUGAGAGCUAGAGAUGAAAAAAUGAUCCCUGGUUACCCCCAGGCGAAGUUGUAUCCCGGGAAAUCAUUGUUGAGAAGAUUACUCACCUCUGGCAUUGUGGUGCAGUUGUUUCCGCUGCACGACGAGGAAGCCCUGAAGAAGCUCGAGGACUCCUGGUACACCCGCUUUGCUUUGAAGUAUCAGCCCAUAGACAACAUUCGUGGCUACUUCGGAGAAACCAUCGCUCUUUACUUUGGGUUUUUGGAAUAUUUCACUUUUGCCUUAAUCCCCAUGGCCGUCAUUGGGCUGCCUUACUACCUGUUUGUGUGGGAAGACUAUGACAAGUAUGUGGUCUUUGCUUCCUUCAACCUGAUCUGGUCCACGGUGAUCCUGGAGGUGUGGAAGCGCGGCUGUGCCAACAUGACCUACAGGUGGGGGACUCUGGUCAUGAAGAGGCAGUUUGAGGAGCCCCGGCCAGGCUUCCACGGGGUCCUGGGGGUCAACUCGGUCACCGGCCGGGAGGAGCCUCUCUACUCCACCUACAAGAGACAAAUGCGUAUUUACCUAGUCUCCCUGCCCUUCGUGUGCGCCUGCCUCUACUUCUCCCUGUACGUCAUGAUGAUCUACUUCGACAUGGAGACCUGGGCCUUGGGGCUGCAUGAGAGCAGCGAGUCGGAGUGGACCAGCCUCUUGCUGUACGUGCCCAGCAUCAUCUACGCCAUCGUGAUUGAGAUCAUGAACCGCCUCUAUCGUUAUGCCGCCGAGUUUCUGACUUCCUGGGAGAACCACAGAUUGGAGUCUGCCUACCAGAAUCAUCUAGUUCUGAAGGUCUUAGUGUUCAACUUUCUAAAUUGCUUUGCUUCGCUCUUCUAUAUCGCCUUUGUCCUGAAGGAUAUGAAGCUUUUACGCCAAAGUUUGGCCACUCUCCUGAUUACCUCUCAGAUCCUUAACCAGAUUGUGGAAUCCCUUCUUCCUUACUGGCUGCAGAGGAAACACGGGGUGCAGCUCAAGAGGAAAGUGCAGGCGUUAAAGGCAGACAUUGACGCUCCCUUGUUUGAACAAGUCAUCCUGGAGAAAGAAAUGGGGACUUACCUGGGAACCUUCGAUGACUACCUGGAGUUAUUUCUGCAGUUUGGUUAUGUGAGUCUUUUCUCCUGUGUUUACCCGUUAGCAGCUGCCUUUGCUGUGUUGAAUAACUUCACUGAAAUCAAUUCAGAUGCCUUAAAGAUGUGCAGGGUCUUCAAACGUCCAUUCGCAGAACCUUCAGCCAAUAUCGGUGUGUGGCAGUUGGCUUUUGAGACAAUGAGUGUUAUAUCUGUGGUUACUAACUGUGCGCUGAUUGGAAUGUCACCACAAGUGAAUGCCCUCUUUCCCGAGUCAAAGGCAGACCUCAUUUUGAUCGUGGUAGCAGUGGAGCAUGCACUCCUGGCUUUGAAGUUUAUACUUGCGUUUGCCAUCCCUGACAAACCACGGCAUAUCCAGGUGAAACUGGCCAGAUUGGAAUUUGAGUCGUUGGAGGCACUUAAGCAGCAGCAGAUGAAGCUUGUGGCCGAGAACUUCAAGGAGGAGCCCAAGGAAGCCAGGCAGGAGACAACGACCUGAGCGCCAGCCGCCCUGCCCCUGCAGGUCCCUCCUGUGCCCCACACACUUUCCUCUGCACCGUGACCUCACAGAAGGUGACAGCCACUCCCGACCUCACCAUGGCCCUGCAACUGUGGCAGGGUGCUGCCUGUGCACCGUGCAUGUCAUAGAAGCCCAGGGGCGAAGGUGGGCUCCGCUGGGUCCUGCAGUUGAGUGAACUGAGGCGCCCCCACCCCACUGGCUCGCCCUCCCCCCCACUCCUGUUCUGUCAGCAAACUUACCCUGCACACGGUGGUCACUGAGCUAUUAAAGCCUGCACCUCUCUG